AUGACGCUCUUUCUACUAUCCGGGAUAAUGAUAGUUUUGACAGAAGCAUGUAUGAGAACUGUGCCAGGAGAUACCACAACACCGACCACACCGACGAAUCCAGCUUGUGGAAUGUGCCCUACCGACGGUAUUAUCUUCCACCCAACAGAUGGCGAAUUCACGAUGGAUGCGCUAAGCGAAGCUCUGCCGAAGAAUGCUCAAGGAUGUCGACGAAUGAAUGCAGUUUGUCACUCUGGAUCUCCCGUUGACAACGCGUUCAUGGAAUUCAACAAUGGCAUCGCUGGGCCGGGUGUGGCUCCCACAUUGAAAGCUCUACUCGUGUGUAGGGCUGACAAGAAAUGGUAUCACAGUGACGGAACUACAUCACUCCCCAUUACGGACGUUUACUGCAGCACAACAAAAUCAUCUAAUCCAGCAUGUUCAUCGUGCAAUGAAGAUACAGUCACUUUUCAAAAGGCCUCUGGUGACUUCGGCCUGGAUGCUCUCAAGGAGAAUCUAUCAAAUAAUGCACAAGGAUGUCGACAAAUGAGAGCGGUAUGUGACUCCGGAUCUUCUAGUGAAAAUGCAUUUAUGGAGUUCAACAACGGCAUUGGAGGACCAACUGUUGCCCCUACUGUAAAGGCGUUGUUGAUCUGCCGCGCUGAUCAUCGUUGGUAUUACAGCGAUGGAACGAACUCCCUCGCUAUCACAGACGUUCACUGCAGCACAACAAGGAAGGAGCCCACCAUGAAAUGCGACACAUGCACUGUGGAAGCUGUGGUCUUCCAUCCGGCCUCAGGUGAUUUUGGCACAGAUGCUACCAGCCAGACACUUCCAAAUAAUGCUCAAGGUUGCAAACAAAUAAAUGCCGUAUGCGAAUCGGGCUCCUCAACAGCAACAUCCUUCAUGGAGUUCAAUAAAGGCGUUGGCGGACCAUCAACCGCUCCUACAGUGAAAGCACUACUUGUUUGCAACACAGAUCAGAAAUGGUACUACAGCGACGGUGCAAACUCUCUUGCCAUCACCGAUGUGACUUGCACCACAAACGAUAGUGGAGGUCCUUCAGAGAAGCCCUGUGCAUCAUGCGAUGAAAGCGCCGUGCUUUUUGGAAGCAAAUCCAUGCCGGAAGAAGUGAACGUCGUAAAGCAACCGCUCAACAACAACGCUGACGGUUGCAAGCAGAUGAAUGCCGUUUGCACGGCAUCGCAAGCAAAUUUGAAGGCUUUUCUGGAAUUCAACGGUAACAUCGGUGGGCCAGACAUUGCUGAGACAGUUACUUCACUAUUGACAUGUGGUGAAGACGGAAAAUGGUAUUUCAGCAUCAAUCAACAAUCGAUAGUAGUUACGGAAGUUCGGUGCAAGGAAGCUCAAGGAUGA